GUGACUCCGGGCAGCCUGUUCACGGGGUGCGUUUUAGCAGACGCGGCGCCCGGGCCAGGCGAUGGAGGUGGGAGGGGAUGGCAUCCUUGCACUGGCCGGGCUGGCCCGGCUGGCCCGUGGCGCAGCCGCUGCCUCUCCCCAGCGCGCUGCCGGCGGCGGCGGCGGCAGCCGGGGCUCCUGGCACCAGGCCUGGCUGCAGGCCCAGGGCGAGGAGUGGCUUCCAGGAAGCGGGUGGAGAAGCGUUCCAGCCGAGUCUCGCCGUGGCCGCCGCGGCUCCGCGCGCUCCGAGUCGCCCGGCUGCGGCCCGCUUUCCUGCUUGCCCUCGCCUUCCCCGCGGCCCGGGGUUCCAGCGGAGGACGAAGAGGCGGCACGGACGGACCGGCCCCGGGGCGCGGCGCGCACUUGCGGGACAGACGGCGCAGGUGGCGGCGCGCGCCCUCCGCCUCUGGGCCGGGGCCAGCCCUGCGCUCCGCGCGCCCGGAGGGGCGGGACAGGCGGGGCGGCCGCGUCCCAGCCCCAUUUAACUUUGGCGGCGGCGCGGGCUGGAGGCCGGCGUCGGGGACCGUCGGGAUCCCGCGCUCCGCACGAGGUGUCGCCGAGUUGGCGCGGCUGGUCUCCGUCUCCGCAGAGCGCAUCCCUGCGACACCCACAGACGCUGCUGCGGCGCCGCCGGGUUGGGAGCGGGGACACCCGCGGGAGAUCCGGGGACAGGUCUCUCCCAGGAUGGCUGUAAGGGAGGCUCCUAGGAUAUUGGACCCCAUGGCUUGCUGGACAGGACCCUGGUGGCUGCUGACAUGGAUGGUCUUUAUGUUCCCUGGUCUUCUGCAGGCCACAGCAGAGAAGUCUCCUGGAGCCUACUUCCUUCCUGAGUUUGCACUCUCCCCUCAGGGAAGCUUCCUUGAAGACACCACCGGGGAACAGUUCCUCACGUAUCGCUAUGAUGACCAGACCUCGAGAAACACUCCUUCAGAGGAAGACAAAGAUGGCAACUGGGAUGCUUGGGGAGACUGGAGCGACUGUUCCCGGACCUGUGGGGGCGGAGCUUCCUAUUCUCUGCGGAGGUGUCUGACGGGAAGAAACUGCGAAGGACAGAACAUCAGAUACAAGACAUGCAGCAAUCAUGACUGCGCAGCAGAUUCGGAAGACUUCAGAGCCCAGCAGUGCUCAGCCUACAAUGACGUGCAGUACCAGGGUCAUUAUUAUGAAUGGAUUCCACUAUACAAUGACCCCACUGCCCCAUGUGCACUCAAGUGUCAUGCUCGGGAACAGAGUUUGGUAGUGGAGCUGGCACCAAAAGUGUUGGAUGGAACUCGUUGCAAUGCUGACUCACUGGAUAUGUGCAUAAGUGGCAUCUGCCAGGUCGUGGGCUGUGACAGGCAGCUGGGAAGUACCGCCAAGGAAGACAACUGUGGAGUCUGUGCAGGGGACGGCUCCACCUGCAGGCUGGUGCGGGGCCAGGCCAAGGUGCACCUGGCUCCAGAGAAAAGAGAGGAAAAUGUGAUUGCUGUUCCUUUGGGCAGUCGAAGCGUGAGAAUUACUGUGAAAGGACCUGCCCGUCUCUUUAUUGAGUCAAAAACACUUCAAGGAAACAGAGGAGAACACAGCUUCAACAAUCCCGGGGUUUUUGUUGUAGAAAACACAACGAUUGAGUUUCAGAAGGGUGCUGACAGACAAACCUUCAAGAUUCCUGGGCCCCUGAUGGCUGAUUUCAUCUUCAAGACCAGGUACACUGUGGCCAAAGGCAGCGUGGUCCAGUUCUUCUUUUACCAGCCCAUCAGCCAUCAGUGGAGGCAGACUGACUUCUUUCCCUGCACCGUGACAUGUGGCGGAGGUUAUCAGCUCAACUCUGCUGAGUGCAUGGACAUCCGUUUGAAAAGGGUGGUGCCUGACCACUAUUGCCAUUACUACCCAGAAAAUGUGAAGCCCAAACCAAAGCUGAAGGAAUGCAGCAUGGAUCCUUGCCCAUCGAGUGAUGGAUUUAAAGAGAUCAUGCCCUAUGACCAUUUUCAACCUCUCCCUCGCUGGGAACAUAAUCCUUGGACUGCAUGUUCGGUGUCCUGUGGAGGAGGGAUUCAGAGACGGAGUUUUGUGUGUGUAGAGGAAUCUAUGCACGCAGAGAUACUCCAAGUAGAAGAAUGGAAGUGCAUGUAUGCACCCAAGCCCAAGGUGAUGCAAACUUGCAACCUGUUUGAUUGCCCCAAGUGGGUUGCCAUGGAGUGGUCUCAGUGCACAGUGACUUGUGGCCAAGGGUUGCGCUACCGAGUGGUUCUGUGUAUCAACCAUCGUGGGCAGCAUGUCGGGGGCUGCAACCCACAGAUGAAACUGCACAUCAAAGAGGAGUGUGUCAUCCCCAUCCCAUGCUAUAAGCCUAAGGAAAAAAGUCCAGUGGAAGCUAAAUUACCUUGGCUGAAACAAGCACAAGAACUAGAAGAGACCAGAACAGCCACAGAAGAACCUAAGUUCAUCCCAGAACCCUGGUCGGCCUGCAGCACCACCUGUGGGCCGGGCAUUCAGAUGCGUGAGGUGAGGUGUCUGGUGCUCCUCACAUUCACACAGACUGAGACUGAGCUCCCUGAGGAAGAGUGCGAAGGCCCCAAGCCGCCCACUGAGCGACCCUGCCUCCUUGAAGCCUGUGACCAGAGCCCUAUGUCUCCAGAGCUGGGUGGCCCUCUCCAGGAGAAGGACAGUGAGAUGACUUACGACUGGGAGUAUGCUGGUUUUACGCCCUGCACUGCGACGUGUUUAGGAGGCCAUCAAGAAGCCAUCGCCGUGUGCUUACAUAUCCAGACUCAGCAGACCGUCAAUGACAGCCUGUGUGAUGUGGUGCACCGUCCUCCAGCAAUGAGUCAGGCCUGUAACACGGAGCCCUGCCCGCCUAGAUGGCACACGGGCUCUUGGGGACCCUGCUCAGCUACCUGCGGCGUUGGGAUCCAGACCCGAGAUGUAUACUGCCUACAUCCUGAGGAAUCCCCAGCCCCUCUGGAGGAAUGCAGAGAUGAAAAGCCUCAUGCCUUACGAGCAUGCAAUCAGUUUGAUUGCCCUCCUAGCUGGCAUAUUGAAGAGUGGCAGCAGUGUUCCAGGACAUGUGGUGGGGGAACCCAGAACCGGAGAGUCACCUGUCGACAGCUGUUAACAGAUGGCAGCUUUCUGAAUUUGUCGGAUGAAUUGUGCCAAGGACCCAAGGCAUCUUCUCAUAAGUCCUGUGCCAGAACAGACUGCCCUCCACAGCUGACUGCUGGAGACUGGUCAAAGUGCUCUGUCACCUGUGGUGUUGGAUUCCAGAGAAGAAAACAGGUGUGUCAAAAGCUGACUGCCAAAGGCCGGCGAGUCCCCCUCGGUGAGACCCAGUGCAGGGGCCUUCCGGGACGCCCCCUCGUGAGACCUUGCCAGAUGCCCGUGUGCAGCAAAGUGAAACUUGGGACGAAGACACGGCUUGGAGAGCGGGGCCCCCAGAUUCUCGGUGUCCGGAGAGUCUAUAUUCAGACGAGGGAGGAGAAACGGAUCAACCUGACCGUCGGCAGUAGAGCCUACUUGCUGCUCAAUACAUCUGUGAUCAUCAAAUGCCCAGUAAGACGCUUCCAGAAAUCUCUGAUCCAGUGGGAGAAGGAUGGCCAUUGUCUGCAGAAUUCCAAACAGCUUGGCAUCACCAAGUCGGGCUCCCUGAAAAUCCACAGCCUUGCAGCCCCUGACAUCGGUGUGUACAGGUGUAUUGCAGGCUCUGCCCAGGAGACGGUUGUUCUCAAGCUCAUUGGGACCGAUAACAGACUCAUUGCACACCCAUCCCUCAGAGAGCACAUGCGGGGCCACUCUGGGGUGGACCACAGUGAAGCCAACAGUUUGGGAGCCACGUGGCAUAAAAUGCGUCAGAUGUGGAAUAACAAAAACGAGCUUUACCUGCACGAUGGGGCAAUCAGCAACCAGCCUUUCUUGAGAGCUCUGUUGGGGCCGUGCAGGACGUCUGCAGGAAACACUAACUCCUGGGAGUUCAAGAGCAAGCAGUUUGAGGCAGCCAUGAAACAGGGGGCCUACAGCAUGGACACAGCCCAGUUUGAUGAGCUUAUACGAAACAUGAGCCAGCUUAUGGAGACAGGAGAAGCCAGCGAUGACCUGGCGUCCCAGAUGAUCUAUCAGCUGGUAGCUGAGCUGGCCAAGGCUCAGCCGAUGCCUGUCCAGUGGAGGGCCAUCCACGAGGAGAUUGCUCCUGAGGCUCAGCUCGGAGGGGAGACAGGAAGAGUUCCCCAAAGCCCCACAGUGAAAAACUCAGGCAAGCUGACUUUGAAGCCAAAAGGACCGGUUCUCAUGAGGCAGACCCUACCCCCUACAGUUUCAUUUAACAAAACAAUAAACGCACGGAUUGGGAAUACAGUGUACAUUACAAAAAGCACGGAGCUCAUCAAUAUACUUUGCAGUCUUGUUACUCACAGCCCUGAGGCCACAUAUACAUGGACCAAGGACGGAGCCUUGCUGCAGCCCUCUGGAAAGAUCAUUUUGGAUGAACCUGGGAAGAUACAGAUAAAAAAUCCUACAAAGAAAGAGCAAGGGAUAUAUGAAUGUUCCAUAGCUGAUCGUCUCGGUUCAGAUGUGGAAAGUUCAUUGGUGUUAUAUGCAGAGGCACCUGUCAUCUUGUCUAUGGAAAGAAAUGUCACAAAACCGGAACACAGCCAUCUGUCUGUUGUGGUGGGAGGCACUGUGGAGGCAGCCCUUCAGGCGAAUGUGACAAUCCACUGUCCUGUAAAAGGUGUCCCUCAGCCUAAUGUAACUUGGUUGAAGAGAGGAGGAUCUCUGAGUGACAAUGUUUCCUUGCUUUUCAAUGGAUCCCUGUUGUUGCAGAAUGCUUCCCUCGACAAUGAAGGAACCUACAUUUGCACAGCCACCAAUGCUCUUGGGAAAGCAGUGUCAACCUCUGUGCUCCGCUUGCUGGAACGAAGAGGCCUGGGCAGUAAGACUGUAUUUCCUAAGGCUCAGAAAAAGCGUGUUCUCCAGGCAUCCAGCAUCAGAGCAAACAGCAACAACUCAACAGGAGAGCCCCUGCCUCAAGAGCCUUUUUGGGAACCUGGUAACUGGACACCUUGUUCUGCCACCUGUGGCCCCUUGGGCGUCCGCCUUCAGAGGCCCCAGUGUGUGAUGGCCAGUGGGCAGAAAGUGAGUGAAGCCCUUUGUGGUCCUCACAGGAAGCCGCUGGCUGGGUUUCAGUCUUGUAACAUCCGGGACUGCCCAGCAAGGUGGUUUACGAGUGUGUGGUCCGAGUGCUCUGUGUCUUGUGGUGAAGGAUUUCACAGUCGGCAAGUGACAUGCAAACAGACAAAAGCCAAUGGGACUGUACAGGUGGUGUCCCCAAGGGAAUGUGCUCCUAAAGACAGACCUCUGGGGAGAAAAUCGUGUUCGGUCCGUCCCUGUGUUCAACAGGCCAUCGACCCAGGAAACCAGUGUCCUGGACGCUGCAUGGGCCAUGCCAUGAGGAUGCAGCGGCGCCACACACCUUGUGCCCACAACGGCUCCCACUCUGACUGUGAGGACAGAAGAAGACCUGCCUUUAGGAGGAACUGCACCUCAGGGCCCUGUGAGGCAUGUUGGCGUGUGGGGCCCUGGAAGCCCUGUACAGCGGUCUGCGGCAGGGGCUUCCAGUCUCGCAAGGUCGACUGCAUUCACACGGGGAGCUGCAAACCCGUGCCUGACAGACACUGUGUGCAGAUGAAACCAGCGUCCUGGAGGCACUGUCUUGGGCCUUCCUGUGAUAGUACGUACCCCUCUCAGGAAACUGCACAGAUACAACACACUACUGUACGUUCGUAAAGCACCUUAACUUGUGCUCUCUGGCCCUCUACAAACAAAGGUGCUGCCAGUCAUGCCUAGAAGGAUGAAGCGUUGGUAGGGUUGUGAUGCUGCUGUGGUGAGAAAAGAAAAGGAGAGGCUCUUUCCCCCGUGUCUCUGGUUCGAAACCACACACGUCUCCAAGUUUCUAGAUUCUAUGGUCAAGCAGAGGUUGGUGCAGGAACUGAGCCUGCUACAAAUUUGUAAAGUUAGCUUGGCCAGUGGUUGCUUUUUAAUUCCAGUUCCUACAAACGAUGGAUUCUAGGAUUAGCAAAACUGCAUCAGCAGCCAUGCCCUUGCUCAUGUGACCUCAUCAUGAGCACAUCAUCACCUGCUGCGAUUCGUAGGCCAGUCAAAAGUGGUCCAUACUGAAGACUCUGCAGCUGAGGGUUUCUCUCAAGUUGCAGAGUUUCAACACUUUUUUUUUUUGCAGUAUUUACCAUUUAAAGGCUCUAGCCAGUAGCUGUUCAGAUGUUGGUACUAAUGGCAUUUUUAUAGAUCCUUAAGUUUAUUAUGUGGAGAAGAGGCCAUCUCCCUUAACAGCUUAUGACACCGGCUGGGCCAAGGAUCGCUGAGAACAGCAUCUCGUCUUCCCUCUUAGAGCAUCCAUGGAAGAAAACACAGUAGACAUGGCUGCCAUUUUCAUAACUACAGAAAUCGAUCUGUGACCAAAUGAGGCAUCUUGGAAAUCACAGGAGAGGAAAAGCUAACCUUUCUACUGAUUUUGAAGUAUAUUCAAAGCUUUCUUUUCAGAGCUGUGAAUGGAACUUUUUCUAAGCACUAUUCUCUUGCACAUAGAGAUCAAAGCCUUAUUAGAUGUAAUUUAUACAUACAAUAAUAUUCCUAAUGAUUUUUAUUUUGGAAAGUUUAUUAGAAAAUAAUCUAAAUAAGAAAUGCAAUAGUUAAAGGAAUUGUUUAUAGUAAAUGAUUGUUUUAAUUUGAGGUGAUUUUGUCGGUAAAUCCAAAGUCAAUUAAGAUUAGGCUGGAAAAAAAACAAUUUGGGGGUUAGGAGCUAGAGCUGGGAUUGGGGUUGUGCUUUGGGGAAAAGGGUUGAAUUAAUCUUGGACUAGCACUAGGAUUCAGUUAGGUGAGAAGGGAAGUUACAUCAGGGCUAAGACCAGAGCUGACUUUAAGGUUAGAGCCAGUUUCGGAAGGGGUUGGGUCUCUCGGGCCCAAGCUGCUCUUCAUGACAGUGGAGUGAGUAAGUUUUGCUGCUAAAGAAGGUUCAGGCUAGCAUUCAAUUUAACUCCUACAACCUAUUUGGCUAUGGGGAGGGACCUUUCCCUGAUAUUUUACCAGUUAUGGCUUUAGAUGCUACACGACCCCAAAUAAAUGGUCCUGCUUCUUCACUCAGUGUCCCGACUGCUUGCACACGUACUGCCCACAGCCUCCUGGCAUGUAACGCAACCUUUCCUGAGGCAGGUUGUGUUAGACCUACCUCCUGAUCGACAUGUGAACAGCGCAUUGUGGCUUUGGAUUUGUCUGUAGAGGAGCUUGCCGAGCCUCUCUGUCAUCUUUUGAGCACAGGUCUCUCUUCCGUUCCAACAUCAGCCUCACCGACACUGGGAUGAACACUACUGUAGGUGAAGCGUUUGGUGGUCUGGCACGGACAGGGCAGAGGAAAGAGCACACCAGCCCCUGAGUCGUUAGUCAUCAAUCGCAUCUGAUAGUUGAGCUUAUUAAAUUAAAAGAAAGAUCCUUUGUAAAAUACUCUUUGUAUAUAUUUAUUAUAUGACUCAAAGGUGCAAUAUUUUAUUUUGUACAGUAUGUAAUAAAGACAUGGGACAUAUAUUUUCAUAUUAACAAAAUUUCUUUUUAAACUGCUUUACCUUUGUAUUUAAGGUUAAAAUGAACCAACUUUCAGUUGCUAUUGUACUUUCAUCUUGCUAACAUUCAAAUUCGAUUCCUGUGUGCUGUAUUUUACUACUGUUUUUAUAACAUGAGAGAUAAUAUUCCCUUUGAUGAUCCUUAAUUCAGAAAUAAAUUCACUUUGAGUAUCCAUUGGCA